AUGGCAACGCAGGUUUUGACAGAAUUCCAAAUCUUUGAGCCCAGCCCAGCACUGGCUAAUAACGCGGCAUCUCAAUCUCCCAAAAGCGAUGGCCGGUCAGCAGAAACACGUCCUGCAGCGAGGGGCCUGCGAGACACAGAGGCACCAGUGAUCCUCUCCAAAGGUCGAACCGUCAUUGUCAUUUCUUAUCUCAUUGCCUUGACAGUCUUCAACAGCUUCUGUAACGGAGUCAUUGUCGUUGGAUUGCCUGCGAUUGCUUCCUCGUUGCACCUGGAAGAGGACUUCGGCUAUGGCCGACAUCAGUAUGUAGCAGGCACUAGGCGUGUUAAUCUCAUCGGAGCAUUCCUUGGUGCUAUCUUUGCCGUCGCCUUUGGCUUGGCUCGCACCGGGGGCGAGCUGAUCGCCUUCCGUGCCCUGCAGGGUAUAGCUAAUGCGAUAUUUGUCCCUUCGUCGGUCUCCAUCGUGUCACAAAGUGUCGAAGAUGGAAGGCCACGGAAUAUUGGCUUCUCAUGCUUAGGAUUCUCUCAACCGAUUGGCUUCUCAGUUGGCCUUGUCCUGGGCGGUGUUUUCGUGGAUACUGUAGGAUGGCGAGUGCCGUUCUACAUUGCUGGUGCUGUCAUUUUUGCGUCCUUUUUCAUUGGGGUUUGGGUCCUCCCACAAGAUGUCCGAGUGAGAACCAGGCCGUCUGUUUGGCGUCGAUUGCUUUCGGAGAUUGAUUGGGUGGGAGCUUUGAUUGCAAGCACGGGGCUCGCGACGCUCUCCUAUAUUCUCGCGGUCCUCUCGGACGAUAUCAAUAAUAUACACCGACCAUCCAACAUCGCACUUUUGACUAUCAGUGGUAUCUCGGUUCCGGCAUUCAUUGGGUGGAUGCAUUAUCAGGUCAAGUCUAACCGCGUUGCGCUCAUUCCCAACUAUCUUUGGCGUAAUUCCACGUUCGUGAGCAGCUGCAUCAUCAUUCUCUUGACAAGCGCGGUUACCAACUGUAUGGAGCUGUACACCAGUCUCUUCUUCCAAGAUGUACAAGACCAGUCAGCCCUCGAGGCCUCCUUGCGGAUCCUACCAUCUCUCAUAGUUGGUGCAUUGGCCGGCAUGACCACAGGUAUAUUUGUCAAUCGCAUGCCAGUCAUGUGGGCGGCAUUUCUCUGCUCAGCUAUAACCGCCGGGGCACCGCUCCUCAUGGCACUUAUCCACGCCAGUUGGCCAUACUGGUACGACGCAUUCUUUGCACAGGUCCUUGCUCCUGUGAGCGGUGAUGUACUCUUCACCGUGGGCUUGCUCAUCAGAUCCGAUGUAUUCCCCGCCCACAUGCAAGCAUUGGGUGGUGCUGUAUUCAACACCUGUGCGCAGGUUGGAACAGCCAUUGGGCUGACUCUUACUUCGCUUAUUGCAUCUUCCGUGACAAAAGGCUCGAACUAUCAUGACAAGUCUUCGGCUGGUGCCCUUGGAGUUGGCUAUCGUGCUGUCUUCUGGACCCUGUUUGCUUGGAUGAUUGCCGUGUGUGUGGUUAGUGUUCUGGGAUACCGUCGCAUCGGGGGAGUUGGUAUGAAGAGAGAUUAA